UCGUUACUUCGGAGGACUGGCUCUUUGACGAGCGAGGGCGCGGGCGGGUGCUGCGUGACGGGUGUGAGCCAUGCUGGUCGAGGGAUGAGCCCUGCUCGUGAGAGCUGCGAGGCCGUCUGAGGGACCAGUGUGGCCAGUCUUCGAGGCAUCUUCCCCAACUCGUCGUCCUCGUCUGACCAGCAGCAGCGAGCAGAUUCGCACUGACGUGGCACCCGCCUGCCCAAGAAAAGUCAACGUUGACUCGUCCGUCCUUCGAAGGGCUUUCCCAGGCCAUGGAGGAGCUUCCGCCAACGGGAGGAGUCCCAUUCGCCGGCAAGAGGACAAAUCUCCUCAAGGCGCUAGCCUACGGCCAUCCCGUACCACUCACUCGCCAGUCAACCUUGGCAUUCCGCUCGAGCAUCGUCGGUCUCUUCACCCACCUACCUCCUUCAUCUCGUCUCCUCAAGUGCCCCGAAGCUGUCUGGGAUGAUUGUACAGCUUCACUGUGGGUGACGAACGAGACGGAUGCCUGGGCGCUCUGGCGGAGAGGCUUCUUUGGAAAGGGCAGUUACUCUCGCAGUGAACCUUCAUGGUGGGCGAGAGAACAGGCUCGUCUGACUGGCUCAAAAGUCCUUACGGCUGAGCAAGUCACCGCCGAGAGACGGAAAGAGCGACGCGUGGAGAAGAUUAACAAGGCCAAAGAGAAAGCCCUUGCUGCCUCUGGUCAGCCUGUUUUGCUCGAAUCAGGGCCAACAGUAGCCGCACCUAUCGUCGAGCAUACUGCAGGACCCUCUGCGGAAGUGCUGAGGAGAGAGGACCUCGACUACACGCGCAACAAUCUCGAGCAUCUGCAACUUCAGCGCGAAGAAGCCUUCUUUCUGCUCUUCGCGCUAGGCAGUAUCACCCUACGGCACCCCGAACUGAACGAGAAUCUGAGUAUCAUCGAAGCUUGGGAUCUGUUCUGUCGGCCGCCCAAGCCUUGGGACGAGGGUGACCUUCGGGAGCCUCUCCGAGCAGACAACCCGUUCAUACUGUCUUAUGUCACCUACCACCACUAUCGCUCACUGGGCUGGGUCUGCCGAUCGGGCACAAAGUUCUGCGUCGACUGGUUGCUCUACCGAGGUGCGGAUGGCUCCUUCACAGGCGGAGCGGGUCCCGUUGGAACUCACGCAGAAUUCUCUGUGCUGGUCAUGCCUUCCUAUGAGACUACGCGGCCCGAUAUGGACUCGAUCGAGGAAACGAGCACGAGCUGGCGAUGGCUCGCGACCGUCAACAGGGUCACUUCUGGCGUCAAGAAGACGCUUGUACUUGCUUAUGUGACGAUACCGAAUCUGACUGAAGACGAAUUACGAUCACCCGCAUGCUUGCAACGAUACACAGUGCGCGAAUUUGUGCUGCGCCGCUUCAUACCCGCUCGGAUGCGAGAUUGACACUUGUGAGACGGUUGGAUGUUGUUGAUACAGACAUGCAUGAUACCAAAGCUGAUACAAGAGCGUGAAACGUGCAGGUGCUAUGAAGUGAGUGUGUAGAGCUUGAUCGACUUGGUU